GAUAAAGUAAAAUAAUUUACAAAAGCCCUGCUUGACGCAUAUGACAUGCAUGCCCCCUAGGAUCAGUACGUGUGAGUGAACCUAAGGCACCUUGGCCCACAUAUUUCUUGCGCUUGAUUAUGAUAGAAACAUCUAAAACGUACACAGCUUAUCUGGCAGACAGCACCGAAGCUAAUUUAUUGUGUUUCAAGCAGAUAAGGAAUUUGGCAUUGACAUCAAUUGGAUGUCUAGAAGAGGCUGCAGAGGUGGCAUUCCAGCAAAGAGAUCUACAAAGUCUGUUGUAUAUGCAGAAUAAAUGUGGGAAUCAAUCCACGUCAUUACCUGAGAAAAUCAACAAUAUGAUUACACAGUUAGACACUAGAAGAUAGAUGUGAUAGUUUUGUAAUACCGUUCUUUACUUAUACCGCAUACCUAUAUCUGUCUUACUGUUCCUCAGUAAUGUAUAGAUACAAUAUAUAUAAUAAUAAUAAUAAUGUUUAUUGUCACAAAAUACAGGUAAAUAUCAAAUAUUGUGCACAAUAAACAUAAAGCACCCAAAAAAAGUGUGCACUUGUGUUUGGGUUUGUACAAAAUAAAAACUAAUAGUACAGUCAGUGUAUGAAAAAAAAACCCGUUAAUACUGUAUAAUUUGGUGAAUUAUUAUGGUAAUGUCAGAAAAAAUAUCCAGACAAUUAGAACUAAAGUAAAAGUAUGGAUGUUAGUGUAAGUAAAAUAUUAUUGAUUUUGAUAAUGAUUUUUCAGAUCUACAAUUUCGUGGAUAGAGUACCUUGGUUGUUGUAAAAUCCAUUUUUUUAGUUAUUUUUUAAAUGAUUUAAUUGAUUUAAUUACUUUUAAUGACUCUGGUAUGAAGUUAUAGAAUUUUGGUCCCAAGAAAAAAAGAGAUAGUUGUGUAAUGGUUUUUGAUGUUUGUGGAAUACACAUUGAAUUUUGAUUGAAUCUUGUUGGGUAGUUAUGAAUGGUACGAUUAAAGUAUUUUGAACAUUUGAAAUAAUGUAUUAGACCACAAUAAAAAUAAAUUUGCCUGCAAUCUAAUAGCUGAGCCUCCACAUAUAGAAAAUCACUUGAAUAAGUAAUCUCCCUAUGGAGGAUCAAUUUUAGAAUUAAUUUUUGGAUUACAUCAACCUUUUUGUAAUCAUUAUUCAUAACUCCCCCGCAAGCCAAAAUUCCGUAAAGUAAUAGAGGAUAAACAAGAGCAUAAUAUAGAUUAUAUAGAUAUUUCUUAUCUAGAAUAUCUCUGAAGUACCUGAAUUUUGGAAUAAUACAUCUCAGUAUCUUCACAAGGUACUCUGUAUGGGUAUCCCAUUUUAAGUGUUUGUCCAAAAUCACGCCUAAGUUUUUAUUUUAUCGGCUGACUGAAUCUCUUUGAGACCACUGCUUGUAUGAACUUCAAGUUUUUUAAAUUGUGGUGAGAGCCUGUCGUUACAAGAAAAUGCUAUAUAGUGUGUUUUGUUGUAAUUAAUUGUCAAAGUUCUUCCCGAAAAGAAAUUUAUAAAUGUUUUGAAAUCAUGUUCGAUUGUGGUUUUUAGUGUAUGCCACUGGUUGCUUUCAUAGAGAAUAGCUGUAUCAUCCGCAAAACCGAUAACUUUACCUGUACUACUUAUUUUGAACAAAUCGUUGAUAAACAGAUUAAAUAAAAUGGGUCCUAAUACUGAGCCUUGAGGUACACCGUAUGAUAUAAUAUGGGGUUCACUGAAUGUGUUAUUAAUUUUGACGCACUGUGUUCGAUUUGACAAAUAAUUUUCUAUAAGUUUGUAUGUUAUUCCCCGGAAACCUAAGUUUUCUAAAGUUGUUAAAAGCGAUUCAUGAGUAAUAGAGUCGAAUGCCUUUGCCAAGUCAACAAAAACACAUGCAGUUGGUUUGCCAAUAUCGAGAUUCGUGUAUAUUUUACUUGUUAAUUUUACAAUAGCAUCUUGAGCAGAUUUGCCUUCUUGAAAACCAUAUUGCUGUUCCGCUAUUAAGUUAUAAUUUUUUGGAAAAUCGGUGAAUCGUUUUUUAACACUUUUUCAAAUAUUUUACAAAAAUUUGUUAAGAUGGAAAUUGGUCGAUAGUUGAUGGGUUUUUCUCUUUCUUCAGAUUUAAAUAAUGGUUUUACCAUAGCGUGUUUUAAGCAUGAAGGGAAUAUUCCUUUAUUCAUACAAGAAUUUAUCAAAUAUGACAGUAUGCCACAGAUGUUGGAAUUUAUUCUCUUGAGAGUAUAUGCUGUUAUAUUAUCUAGACCUGGAGAUUUUCUUAAUUUCAAUUCAUUGAUUAUUGUCUUUAUUUCAUGCGUAUCGGUCGGUUCCAGAUAUAAUGAGUUAUAUAAUCUGGUCUUACUAUAAUUUAAUUUAUCCGCGUUUUUUAUGUUUUCUGACAACCUUUUCCCGAUUUUUGAAAAAUAUUCACAAAAUUCAUUUGCUAUAUCUACAUCAUUACUCACUAGUUCACCAUUUUCUUUUUUAAUUGUACUAUUUUGUUGUUUUGUUUUUUGCCUUGUAUUUUAUUGAUAAAUUGCCACAUUUUGGACGAACAAUUUUGUAGAUUAUCAAACUCUUCUUGGAGAUAUUUAAUUUUAGCCUCUCUAAUUAUUUUUGUAAAGUCUGUUUCGAUCUGAUUUAAAUUCAUUCAAAAGUUUAACAUCAUAAGGAUAUUUUUUGGUUUCCUUAUAUAAUUCUAUUUUUUUGUUGAUGGAGGUAAUAAUCCCCUUUGAUAUCCAAGCUUGUCUUUUUAUUUGUGUCCGUGGAAUCUUUACUGUUUUGGUGCAUUCAGCAAUAUGGCCUUCAAUGCUAGAUAUAAAAAGGACAAAUGCAUUUUCAAUAUUAGGUUCGUUAUAUACUACCAUCCAAUUUUCAUUGAGUAAGUUGUUAUUUAGUUUUUCAUAAUCAAUGUAAAUUUUUGUAUUAUUCACUGUCUUUUCAACUUUGUUUGAUGUACUUUCAAGAUCGAUUUUGAGCAAAGUAGGAAAAUGAUCAGAAAUUUUGUAUUUUAGAAUUGCUGAAUAUAUUUUGUCAAGUUCUAAACGUGAAUUUAUAAACAUAUGAUCUAUACAACUCCCACUGUUUCCCUCUACUCUUGUCAUUUCGUUAAUGGCUGACAGGUAACCAUGUUCAGCCAUUAUAUUUAAAUAAUCUUGAAUAUUUUGAUUGUUAUGAUCUAAUAUUUUUUUUUUAUACUCCAACUACCACGAAGGCCUAAGGCCUAAGCACCCAUUGGGUACCGUGGGGCUAUAGGGGGAUACAUGGGAAAAGGGGGGACGCCACACGGACUCUGGCGAGGGAACACGUGUGCAUGCAACAUGCACACAUUCUGGCUCCGCCUACGAGAACCGCCGGGUGGUACCUCCGCGUUCGACAGUCAGAGACCAUCUACCACCUACGGACAAUCACAACAUCCAUAGCCAAGAGAAAGAUUUCUCCUGGGACGGGACUCGAACCCGCACAGCGCACGGCGACUGAUCAGGAGACCGAAGAGUCUACUACUGCGGCCACCGCUGCUGCCUAAAACAAACACACAGCAUCCAUGGCGAAGGCGAGAUUCGAACUCGCGGCCCGGCCGGCCGGCUGAUCAGUAGCACGACACUCUGACCCACGCGGCCAACCGAGGUCCC